AUGGCCGAGGCUCCCAGAGUGCCGGGGGCCGCUGGCUUUGGAGCUUUACCCCCGAGCUACACCCGCUCCGUUUACCCGGACCUCCUCCGCAGACCCAGCUACUGCCACGCCGCUUUUGCGCUCAAACAGAUUUCUAAGGGCAAAGCUGUGGGGCAGAAAGCUCCUCUGUGGCUCCGGGCGAGGUUCCAGGCUCUCCUUUUUACUCUGGGUUGUCACAUCCAGCGACACUGCGGGAAAGUGCUAUUUAUCGGACUGCUGGUGUUCGGAGCUUUCUCGGUCGGCCUGCGAGUAGCCGCCAUCGAGACAGACAUCGAGCAGCUAUGGGUGGAAGCCGGCAGCCGAGUGAGCAGGGAAUUGCGUUACACGAAGGAAAAGCAAGGAGAAGAGGCGGUGUUUACCUCACAGAUGCUCAUACAGACACCCAAACAGGAAGGAACCAAUAUUCUAACCCAGGAAGCUUUGCUACUUCACCUGGAGGCAGCUCUGUCUGCCAGCAAAGUCCAGGUGUCUCUUUAUGGAAAAUCUUGGGACCUUAACAAACUCUGCUUCAAAUCCGGAGUCCCUAUUAUAGAAAACGUCAUGAUCGAGAGGAUGAUUGACAAGCUUUUCCCUUGCAUGAUCGUGACCCCUCUGGACUGCUUCUGGGACGGCUCCAAACUACAAGGAGGCUCUGCCUAUUUACCAGGGAUGCCUGAUAUCCAGUGGAUGAAUCUGGAUCCUCUGAAGCUAAUGGAAGAGCUGAGUCAGUUCACUUCUCUGGAAGGUUUCAAGGAGAUGCUGGACAAGGCUCAAGUAGGCCACGCUUACAUGAACCGACCCUGCCUGGAUCCCAACGACCCAGACUGCCCUCUCAGCGCUCCCAACAAGGAUCUGCGACAGAGUCCAGACAUUGCGCAAGAACUUCAGGGUGGUUGCCAUGGUUUCUCCAAGAAGUUCAUGCACUGGCAGGAGGAGCUGAUUCUGGGGGAACGCUUGAAGAACUCCCAGGGUUCCUUACAGAGUGCUGAAGCUUUGCAGACCAUGUUUCUCCUCAUGAGUCCCAAGCAGCUUUAUGAACACUUUAAGGAUGACUACGAGAUCCAUGACAUCAACUGGAAUGAGGACAAGGCUACUGCCAUCCUGGAGUCUUGGCAGAGAAAAUUCGUCGAGGUGGUCCAUGCCAGCAUCCCUCAGAACUCCUCUUCUAACGUCCAUGCCUUCUCGACCACUACCUUAAACGACAUCAUGAAGUCCUUCUCUGACAUCAGCGUCAUCCGGGUGGCAGGAGGCUACCUGCUCAUGCUGGCGUACGCAUGCGUGACCAUGCUCCGCUGGGACUGCACAAAGAGCCAGGGCGCGGUAGGGCUAGCCGGAGUGCUUCUGGUGGCCCUCUCCGUAGCUGCGGGUUUGGGAUUGUGCUCUCUGCUGGGGUUGUCCUUCAACGCUGCAACUACACAGGUGCUGCCGUUCCUGGCGCUGGGAAUAGGAGUGGACGACAUGUUCCUUCUGGCUCAUUCUUUCACCGAGGCUGGUUCCAACAUCCCGUUCAAAGAAAGAACCGGGGACUGUCUGCGAAGAACUGGGACUAGCGUGGCUCUCACGUCUAUCAACAACAUGAUCGCCUUCUUCAUGGCAGCGCUGGUUCCCAUUCCAGCUCUUCGAGCUUUCUCAUUGCAGGCCGCCGUUGUGGUGGUGUUUAAUUUUGCGAUGGUCCUGCUUAUCUUCCCUGCCAUUCUGAGUCUGGAUUUGCACAGGCGUGAGGACAAAAAACUGGACAUCCUCUGUUGCUUUUACAGCCCCUGCUCCUCUCGAGUCAUUCAGAUCCAGAGUCAGGAGUACUCGGAUGCCAACGACAACCACGCCCACCCUCACGCUCCCCCCACGCCAACUUUCGCCGGCUCCACAAUCACCACCAGCACCCACAUCACCACCACAGUCCAGGCCUUCACCCAGUGCGACUCCGCCGGUCAACACAUCGUCACCAUUCUGCCCCCAACCUCCCAAAUCUCCACCAGCCCUCCCUCAGUGGUGCUGUCCCCGACCGAGCCCAGACCCACCCCUGACGCUUACGGCUCCCAGGUCUUCAUGCCAUCCAGCUCCACCCGGGACCUCCUGCACGCCGAGGAGCCUCGGCUAGGCCGCGAGUGCGUCCCUCUACCCUUCCUGCAGUGGAACCUGUCUCGCUUCGCGCGGGAGAAGUACGCCCCGUUUCUGCUGAAGCCCGAAACCAAGACGGCCGUCGUGGUGGGGUUCGUAGCCCUCCUCGGACUUAGCCUGUACGGCACCACCAUGGUCCACGACGGCCUCUACCUGACCGACAUCAUUCCCCGAGACACGAAGGAAUAUAACUUCAUCUCGGCUCAGUUCAAGUACUUCUCUUUCUACAACAUGUACCUGGUCACCAAGGACGGCUUCGAUUACGCUCUGGCUCAGCGAGAGCUCCUGCAGCUCCAUAACGCCUUCAACUCCGUCAAGUACGUCGUGAGGGACGAAGAUCAGAAACUGCCCCGCAUGUGGCUCCACUACUUCCAGGACUGGCUCAAAGGACUCCAGGCUGCCUUCGAUGCCGAUUGGGAAGCAGGCAGGAUCACCCACGAGAGCUACCGCAACGGCAGCGAGGACGGCGCACUAGCCUACAAGCUCCUCAUCCAGACCGGCUCGAAAAAAGAGCCCUUCAAUUACAGCCAGCUGACGUCCCGGCGCCUGGUAGACAAGGACGGUCUGAUUCCCCCCGAGGUCUUCUAUAUCUACCUGACCGUGUGGGUCAGUAACGAUCCGCUGGGCUACGCUGCAUCGCAGGCCAACUUUUACCCCCAUCCUCACGAGUGGAUCCAUGACAAGUACGACACCACCGGGGAGAAUCUGCGCAUUCCCGCCGCCGAGCCUCUGGAGUUCGCGCAGUUUCCCUUCUACCUGAACGGUCUCCGACAGGCCUCGGACUUCAUCGAGGCCAUCGAGAGCGUGCGCUCCAUCUGCGAAGAGUUCAUCCGCAAAGGCGUCCCGAACUACCCCAACGGAUACCCGUUUCUCUUCUGGGAGCAGUACAUUGGCCUGCGCCACUGGUUCCUGCUGGCUGUCAGCAUAGUGCUGGCCUGCACCUUCCUGGUGUGCGCCAUUCUCAUGCUCAACCCCUGGACGGCGGGCGUCAUUGUUUUCAUCUUGGCUAUGAUGACCGUAGAACUGUUCGGCAUCAUGGGACUCAUCGGUAUCAAGCUGAGUGCCAUUCCGGUGGUCAUCCUAAUCGCCUCGGUCGGCAUCGGAGUGGAGUUCACCGUGCACGUCGCGCUGGGUUUCCUGACCGCCAUCGGGGACAGGAACACGCGCUCGGCCGUAGCCCUGGAGCACAUGUUCGCUCCCGUCAUGGACGGUGCCAUCUCCACUCUUCUCGGGGUGCUCAUGCUGGCCGGCUCCGAGUUCGACUUCAUCAUGAGGUACUUCUUUGCGGUUCUGGCCAUCUUGACGUUGCUGGGGAUUCUAAACGGCUUGGUGUUGCUGCCCGUCCUGCUGUCUAUAAUGGGCCCUCCUGCGGAGGUAGCGCCUUCCACCAGGUCCAGCUCGUCACCCGAGCCCAUAUCGCAGUCCAUGAACAGCCACGAGUACUACGCCGGGCACAUCCCUAGAGGACCGCGGCAGGCUUUCAGCGAACCCUCCGACUCUGAGUACUACUCCGAGACGACCACGACGUCCGGAUUCGGCGACGAGGACUACAAGCAAUGUGAAUACCUAACCGAGCAAAGCCAGCCUCCGAACUCGCACAUCCUGCUGGAAGCCAGCAAGAACCCUACCUUCCCUAAGCUCACGGUGGUCAAACCGUUCAGCGAAACGUCGGCCGCGACGAGCCCGAAAGACCUCAGCGAGUCGGCGCAGAACGCCGUGAACUCCAUCAGCUCCCAGAUCACGCGCUGGGACGGCAAGCGGGAGCGCCCGGAAUCCAGAAGGAACCUUUUACCCGACGACAGCGCGUACUGUCCCGCAAGGACUACUCACUGUGACCCCAGGCUGCACCAAAGCAGGGGGUCACAGCAAAACAGGACUAAAGCUCUACCGCCCAGCGGCGGUACCUCGCAGCAGCCUGGAAACACCGUCACCAUGGUGACGGCCACAGCAUCGGUGACCGUGUCGGUGCACCCCAACCUGCCGGGGUCCUACCAGGGUACGGCGCACGAGGAGUUUGAGGAGAGCGUGUCGGACUCUCAUAAGGACUCAAAAAGGACUUCUCAGAUUUACGGGAGAGCUACUCAGAGACACUCGGUGCAUAUUCCAGAUCUGGAGUAACUAGAUACGGACCAGCAUCGUGCGAAACAGGGUCAAGGUUGCACAUGGAUCCAAGCAGCCAAAGACUGCUAGACAGCACACACCCCCCCUGUUCUAAUCGCCUGGAACCUCCUUCUCUGGCCGUUUCGGGACGUCUCUUAUUUUCUUGAACUGUACAUAGACCUCAGAGAACAGAGGAUUUAUUUUAAAACAAAAUUCUAUCAAAUUUAUACAUGUAUAAAUAAAUCUAUCUAUAUAUUAUAUUUUAAUACUAAAAAGAGGGGAAGAUUAUUUAAAAGAGUACUGUAUGACUGUGUGUUCUCUGUAAAUACGAGUACUUUGUACAGAUUAAGAAAGCGAUAUAUGUAAAUUCAGAGAAGUGAACUAAGGUUAUUGUUUUAUUAGGUUAUUGAAAGCGAAAGGUCAGUGUUCUUUUAUUUGCUGCUACAUGUCAGAUAUGAGAUGAUUUGCCUUGAAAAUGUGCAGUACCCCCCCUUCCCCAAUCCUCUCACUUCUUAGCUUAAGCUAUACCAUACAAGUUCUCACGUGCAGCCUAUAUUACAGUUCCUUCACUUGCAAGUAUUUAUUUUUGGGGUUUUAUUUUCGGGGAGUCCAAUCCAGGUAUCCAGCUAAGCUAACACUGCAUCGCGCCUAGAUUGCACUGUAACAUACAAAACCAAUUUUUUGGAGUGACCACUGUGCCUUCUUUUUUUUAACAAUACAAUUCGCAAAGUGUCUUUACGUUGGAGGAUACCUC